AUGCCUCACAAGCAUACGCGUAAGCGUACCGGUGGCGCAAAAGAUUUCGAUCUUGCGCCAGGAGCUGUAGUAAAACCUCUCGCAGCCUUUGAACACCCAACGGUCUUCACGAAAAAAUCCAGCGAUCAGCCAAAGAAGCGGAAACGAAAUGCGCGCAACGAAGACGAUACCCCACGUGCGUUUGCACGUCUCAUGCAGAUGCAAGCGGGCGUGAAGCCGCGAUCAGGCUUGGACGAUGGAGCAUCACGCAAAUCGAAAAAGCAGAAACUCGGGCAGGAAGCGCCGCCUCCGCCUACUAUGCCGAGCAAAACAAUCACAUCGGAUCCUACCUUGAAAAUCCAACCCGGCGAGCGGCUUGCCGAUUUCGCUGCUCGAGUAGAUCAGGCUUUGCCUAUGGGAGGGCUCACGCGAAAGGGGAAUACCAAAAUCGAUGGGAUCAAGGAGCGACAGACGAAGACGGAGAAGCGCUUAAAGAAAAUGUAUGCAGAGUGGCGGGAGGAAGACGUGCGACGCAAGGACGCCAUUGAGGAGUUUCAAGAGAAGCAGGAGGAACUAGCAGAAGAGAAGGAGACGGAGCUCGGAGGUCAAAGUCUAGCAUUCCCCGAAGGAAAACGGAAGAAGAGGAAGCGGAUGCUAGGCGAGACGGCGAUGGACGACGAUGAGGAUCCCUGGGCGGUGUUGAAAGAACGUCGAGAGAAACCCAAGGGCUUACAUGAUGUGGUGCAAGCCCCACCCACGCUCAAGGUCAUCCCCAAGGAGAAAUUUAAGGUCCGGAAUGGGGCGAAGGUCAAUGUCGCCAAUGUCCCGGCGAAUGCGGGAUCGUUGAAGAGACGCGAGGAAUUGGGCGAUGCGCGCAGAGAGGUCAUCGAGCGGUAUAGAAGCAUGAUGAAAGGCACGAGGUAA